AUGUGGGAGGGACCACGGAGGGAUGCGGGAGGGAACCACGGAGGGAUGCAGGAGGGAACCAUGGAGGGAUGCAGGAGGGAACCACGGAGGGAUGCAGGAGGGAACAACGGAGGGAUGCAGGAGGGAACCAAGGAGGGAUGCAGGAGGGAACCACGGAGGGAUGCAGGAAGGAACCACGGAGGGAUGCAGGAGGGAACCACGGAGGGAACCAAGGAGGGAUGCAGGUUGGAACAACGGAGGGAUGCAGGAGGGAACCAAGGAGGGAUGUUGGAGGGACCAAGAAGGGAUGUGGGAGGGAACCACGGAGGGAUGUGGGAGGGAACCACGGAGGGAUGCAGGAGGGAACCAACGAGGGAUGCAGGAGGGAACCACGGAGGGAUGCAGGAGGGAACCAUGGAGGGAUGCAGGAGGGAACAACGGAGGGAUGCAGGAGGGAACCAUGGAGGGAUGCAGGAGGGAACAACGGAGGGAUGUAGGAGGGAACCACGGAGGGAUGCAGGAGGGAACCAUGGAGGGAUGCAGGAGGGAACAACGGAGGGAUGUAGGAGGGAACCACGGAGGGAUGCAGGAGGGAACCAUGGAGGGAUGGAGGAGGGAACCAAGGAGGGAUGCAGGAGGGAACCAUGGAGGGAUGCAGGAGGGAACAACGGAGGGAUGUAG